AUGAUAGAUGAAAAGAGCCAAGACGUGAUUCCUGUCUCUAUCAACUCAACACCCUCAUCCGAGGAGGAAAACACCCCGGCAACAUCCGAGCACGACGCAGCAUUCGAGAAAAAAGUCCUCCGCAAAAUCGACCUCUGGCUCGUAGGCUUCUACUCCCUCGUCUACAUUUUCCGCGUCAUAGACUCUUCAAACUACUCCAAUGCCGCGAUCAUCAACCUCGAAGCUGGAACGAACAUCAAAAAACAACUGCACUUGAGUCCUUCUCAAUGGGCGUGGACGCUCUCCAUCUUCUCUUAUUCGUACCUGAUCUUUGAACCUAGCAACACUUUACUCUUAAAGAAGUUCAGACCUUCGAGAUGGAUGUUCGUCCUUAUUCUCGCAUGGGGAAUAUGCGCUUGUUCUGUUGCCGCGGUCCACAAUUUCAGAGAGAUGAUGGGCGUUAGGUUCCUGAUUGGGAUGGCGGAAGCGGGUUUCUAUCCUGCGGUGCUUUACCACAUGUCAUUCUUCUAUAAACCCACUGAGAUGCCGUGGCGCAUAGCUUUGUUCUAUAGCGUGGGACAGAUUGCGAGUGCUUUGAGUGGGUUGUUGGCUUUUGCUAUCGGUUUCAUGAACGGGUUGGGUCAUUUGGCUGGUUGGAGGUGGUUGUUCUUGCUCGAGGGACUGCCGGCUAUCAUUCUUUCGGUGGUUGCACUCUUUGGCUUACCUGAUUAUCCACAGACUGCGAGGAUGUUGAGCGAGGAAGAGAAGGCCUUUGUUCUGGAACGUCUUUCAUCUACUGCCCCAUCAGGAGCUUCGGGGAACUGGGACUUCAAGACCUUGAAGGUUUUAUUCUCGGAUCCAACAUUGUACACCUUUGCCAUUUACUGGAUCGCUCAUGGGAUUGGUGGUUUUGGUGUCUCUUAUGCUUUGCCGACCGUCAUAUAUCAGCUAGGCUUCACUACCACUUCUCUAUCUCAACUCAUGAACAUUCCCCCAUAUCUUUCCUGUUUUCUGUUUCUGAACCUCAUGGGCUAUAUGUUACACAAGAAGUGGAUCAGACCAUGGGUAACAGCAGUCGCAAUCGAAAGCACAAUCAUCAUCUGCUACAUCCUGCUCAUCACCGUUCCCAACGCUGUAGUGAAGUACCUUUGCCUCAUCGUUGCAACUUCGUGCGCCGGCUCUGCCUAUCCUGUCAUCUGGCCCGAACGUAUUCGAGCACUUGAGGGGACGGUGGCGGCGGGUAUCGGAAUCGGUAUCACGAAUGCAAUGGCGCAGUUUGGAGGGAUCGUUGGCCCCCAUGUCUACAGUACUGUCUUCGGUCCGGGGUAUCACGUUUCGUAUGUGAUUUGUCUUUGCUUCCUGAUCGUGGCUAUCUCUGCUAUUUUGGUCUCUUGGCUGCUGGUUUGGAGGAAGGACAGGAGGAAAGAAGCUGAGGUUGAAUUAGAUUAGGGUAUAUAUUUGGAGAAGCUAUAGCUAGACGACAAGUGAAAAGUGAAGUCUACUUUGAAACGAGAUCAUUCAAUUCACAAGCCAUCCAUGAG